AUCUCACUGUUGUUAUAGUAAAGUGCCUAUGAACUCAACUAUAAAUUCAUCCCCACCUUCUUUCACUUCUCUUUCAUGUUCACACCUUCCUUUCCUACUUCCUUCUGUUUGAUUAAUCUCUCUCCCAAAACCCCUUCAUCUUUCGGUCCACCCGAAAAGAAAACAUCUGCUUUGUUUAAAUAACUUUAUGUUAUUUUAAUUUGUCAGUUCUUUUUCUGAAGACACAAAACUCUGCCAUUUUUAAGACUCUCCCCAGUUUUUCCCCUGUUUCUUGUUCAUAUCCUCUGUUUUCCUUCACAUUUCAAUUGUGAGAAAUGUCCUGUUCAAGCUAUUGUCAGGGACUCCAAUCAUGCUUGGAGCCAGCUCGCCUUGCUGAACCGCGUGUUUUGAGGCUAAAAUUGGCUCCACCAGAAUAUAAUACUUCGCGUUCUUCACCAGCUCACAGCAGCAAUCAUGUUGUCCCCGAAUCAGUUGGUGACUCUAAAAGCAACAACAACGAUAAUGUUGACAUGGGUGGCUGGAGUUUCCUCCAAUUUUUAGCUAUCGACAAUUCUACCUCUCAAGCCAAGAAAGAAGAUGUCACCGAGAAGGACAACAAAGUCUAUAUCCCACCAAAUUUUAAGCGCUCUUCUUCUAUGUUAAAUGAAAAAAGCUUAGAAAUGUGCACCGAAAGCUUGGGUAGUGAGACCGGUAGUGAUGGCAGCGAAAGCAGUGAUGAGAUGGCUUUACUGUCUUUAGAAAAUGUGAGAAAUUAUGAGGCUCGACUGAGACCAAAAUCGCGAGAAACUAAGAGAACGACAAGAACUGCCAGCUUUCCACCUCCUUUGACAUCAAUUAGCGGUUCUACUAAUGUUCAAGUGAGGCCUCAUAGAGAAGGAGGGAGGCUGAUUUUGGAAGCAGUAAGUGUAUCUUCUUGUGAAGCUUUUUUCCAUGCAGAGCGUAUCGAUGGCAGGCUUAGGCUUCAUCUAAUAUCGAACAAUGACAAAGAAGAAGAAGAAGAAGAAGAAGAAUUGAAUGAAAUAUUGGUUCAAGAAGAUGGUGACGGAGAGGAAAGCAGUGAAGCUGAAGAUGAAGAAGUUGAUGGCAAUGGGGAAGAGGAAAAUGGUGGAAACAGUGGGGGUGAAAAGGGGAUGGAGAAGUUGCCAAGGCCAAGCAGGUGUAAGGAAAGUGAGAGUGGAAGCAAUAGCAUGCUCAAUUGGGAGCCAUUUUGGGUUGCUACUUGAACAGCUUAAAAAGUUGCCAAUAUUCUCUCCAGUAUUAUUAUUAGUUUGCGUUUUACUUUUCUUCGUCCCAUUCUCUCCAGUGAUUAUAAUCUUAGAUUUUCGUGACUUGGAUUUUAUAAAAAUAUGCUAAUGGUAGUUAUUAUCGUUA